AUGGGGUGCUUCCUUCUUCCCCAAAGCCUAUGUGAAGAAAUUGAGAGUAUGAUGAGAAGUUUCUGGUGGGUCCAAAGGCAGCAAGAAACAAAGAUGUACUGGGUGAGCUGGAAAACAAUGUGCAAACAGAAAGCAAGCGGUGGAAUGGGGUUCAGGGAUCUACAAGCUUUUAACAAAGCAAUGAUUGCUAAGCAGUUAUGGCGAAUUCUACAAAACCCAAGCUCUCUUGUGGCUAGGAUUCUCAAAUCAAGAUAUUUCCCUGCUGGAGAUAUCCUAAACGCUAAGCUUGGCAACUCCCCAUCAUACUCCUGGAGAAGCAUUCACAGCAGCCUUGACAUUAUUAGAGAGGGAACUCGUUGGAGAGUGGGUAACGGGAAACUAAUUCAUAUAUGGGAUGACAAAUGGAUGCCAACCCCGUCCACCUACAAGGUCAUUUCCCCCCCAAAUGUUAUCCCUGAAUUCCCAAUGGUCUCAUCUCUCAUAAACCCAAUGACAAAAUGGUGGAAUGUGGAUUUGGUUAGGGCAACCUUUCUCCCGUUCGAAGCAGAAACAAUCUUGAAGAUUCCUCUAAGCCGCACCCUUCCAAAAGUCAAAAUAAUCUGGAUUGGAAAUAGGCGUGGAGAAUUCUCAGUCAAAAGUGCCUAUCAUGUAGCCCACGGUCUGAUGGGAGCAAAUGAUUGUGGUGAAAGUUCUAAUGGGGAUCCUUGUAAGCCAUUGUGGAAGCGGCUUUGGCAUCUCCACUUGCCAACAAAAAUAAAGGUGUUUGCUUGGAGAGCCUGUGUCAAUGGUCUCCCUACGAUGGAAGCCAUUUAUAGAAGAGGGAUUUCUCAAAAUAUGGCCUGCCCUGUUUGUGGAAAUGAUGCUGAAUCUGUUGAUCAUGCUCUUCUUAGAUGUGAUUUCUCUUCCUUGGUUUGGGACUUUUGGCUUGAAAAUCCUCUUCACACUCAAGGAUUUAAAAAUUCCUUCCUUGACUCGGCUCUAUUUAUCCUCUCUCACUCAACUCUUCAAGAUUUGGAGAUCUUCUUUGCCACGGCUUGGGCCAUAUGGUCUAACAGAAAUAAUAUUUUGCAUAAGGAUGGUGGUCUUUCUCCUCUCCAUGUUUGGCAUAGAGCAAGAAAUGUUGUGGAAGAAUUUACAUGCUCUGCUAGUUGGGAUUUUGACUUAGUAAGACCUGCCUCUUCUAGUUGGAGCCCACCCCCUCCUGGAGCUUUUAAAGUUAAUGUUGAUGGUGCUUCUUCAGAACAAGAAGGUUCUUCCAGUAUGGGUGUGGUUAUUAGAGACUCCAAUGGUCAAGUAGUGGCUGCUCUGUGCUUGCCGCUUCAGUCCUAUUUUUCUGCAGAGCUUUCGGAAGUUUUUGCUUUGGAGCAAGGUGUCCUUUUUGCUCAAGAGCUUCAGCUGCCUCGGAUUAUUGUUGAAUCCGAUGCUCUGACAGUUAUUCAAGCAGUUAACGAUAAAGCUACAGGGAGCAUUUUCGGCCACCUCAUUCAGGGAAUUCACCAAGUUUGUGAGUCUUUUGAAUCUUGCCAUUUCAAGUACUUAAGUAGAAGAUACAAUUCAGUGGCCUAUGAGCUCGCACAACAUGCUAGAAGAACUGGAAAUUGUCAAAUAUGGAAGGGCGUUGCCCCUCCCUUUAUUCUGUCUUUUCUGCAAUCUGAUAUGCAAUUUGAUAUGUGUAGUUAA